CUUGGUGAAACUUCCCAAUCAGGAAAGUAUUCAAACAUUGACCAGGUUCCCCGGAUCAUGGAUCACCUGACGUCAAAGCCGAUGGACCUCGGCAUCUUCAUUGAACUCAUACAGUAGCUUCCAAAUUGCUGACAUUCAGAAAUGGGAACUCUAGACCCAUAAACAUUUUCAAAAUGCCGACAUAUGAAACAGCCCAAGAUCAGUUCAUCACUGUAGAUGGCAUCAAGUUCGCCUACAGGCGCUUCGGCGCGAAACAAGGCGUACCCCUCACAUUGUGUAUGCACUUUAGGGGAACAAUGGACCAUUGGGAUCCAGCUCUUAUAAACCCUAUCGCGGCCAAACGCCCCAUCAUCACCAUUGACAACGCAGGCGUAGGGCGCUCUGAGGGCGAAGUCCCCAAGCAAUACAAGCAAUGGGCACAAUACUACAUCAACGUCCUCCGUGCACUCGGCGUCAACAAGACUGAUGUGAUGGGAUUCUCCAUGGGCGGCUGUGUCGCUCAGCUCGUCGCCCUCAACGGAAAGGAUUUUGUCCGCCGUCUCAUCCUCUGCGGAACUAUGCCCAGCACAGGCGAAGGUGUAGUACCAGCGCCUUCUCUGAAAGCAUUCAAUGCCCUCAAUGCUGCCAAGACAGAGGAAGAGCACAAGGAAGCUUUCUUGAUGAGCAUGUUCAAUACUUCCGAUAAGAGCAGAGCCGCGGGUGAGGCUGCUUGGAAGAGAAUCACGAAUGCACGAAAGGAUAGAACUGAUCAUGUUGAUCCUGCGAAUGCUCGUCGGCAGGGAAUUGCUUUUGCAAAGUUUAUGGAUCCGAAGCAGGCUAAGGAUGCGUCUUAUGAUCGGUUGGAGGAGCUCCGUAUCCCUGUUCUGAUUGCAAAUGGAAGCGAGGACCUUCUGCUGCCUACAGAGAACAGCAUUGUGAUAUGGAAGAAGUUGAAGAAUGCCCAAGCGCAACUACACUUGUACCCUGAUUCUGGGCAUGGAUUCCUGUAUCAAUAUGCGGAUGACUUUUCCAAGCUGAUCAAUAUCUUUUUGGACGAUGAGCCCAAGCUAUCAAGCCGGCUUUAGACAAACAGACACAUAUGUACGAUUACCCGCGGCGGGCGUGAAUAGAAGUUUGAAUGAGAAUAUGUUUUU